AUGAGCAGAUACAGAGCAACGUUGAUACCAAAAUUAUUCUCCCACUGGUGGGAAACCCUGGAACGUCCGCAUCGUUUGAUGGAUCAGCGAUUCGCCAUCAAUCCCACGCAUUUCUUCGAGCCUUCGUUCUUCGACCGAAGAUUUCCAACGACAAGAACAAUUCACGUGUGCCUCGACGUGCAACAAUUCGAACCCGAUGAGAUCACUGUCAAAGUGUUGGAUGAUUUCGUCGUCGUGGAAGGAAAGCAUGAGGAAAAAAAAGAUGAGCAUGGCUCGAUUUCUAGACAUUUUAUCAGGAAAUACAUGGUUCCAGAGCAAUGUGAUUCAGAGAAGUUAACGAGUACUCUCUCGUUGGAUGGUGUGCUUACGAUCACUGCACCAAGAAAGCCUGAAGCUGAAGAAGCCAGGAAAGAAAGAGUGAUUAAUAUUGAACAUACCGGGAAAUCCGCCGUAGAAGACGAUCCAGAAAUAAAACAAGGGGAUAAAAAAUAAAUGAGCUUUGUAAAAUUAUUAGCCUAUUGAUUAUUCACGUACAUGUAACGUUAUUAUACAUACGUACAAGUUAUAUACGUAUUUUACAUGUAUUGCUGAAAAUCAUUAAGUUUAAUAAAAUUUUGUAAAUAUAUAAGA